GCGGACGGCCUAAGUUGGUUCGGUCGUUGUUUACCGUUCUGUCAUUACGGUAAUUACCAGCAUUUUGUGUCCCCGCCAACGCCCCUCACGCUCAAGAGACAGCAUUGCCAAAGCCAUAACCAAACUUCUGAAGUAGCUGCGGAUACUGAAGACACUAUGGCAGACCCGCAGAAGCAGUUUCAGGCUCUCUCUGAUGAGUUUCAGAAGCUACAAACUGAUCUCGAAGGUUUCAUCGAUGCUCGCCAAAAGCUGGAGUCGCAGCAGCAGGAGAACAAGGGCGUGCAGGGAGAAUUCGACAAAUUGGAUGAGGACUCGAAAAUCUACAAGAUCGUGGGGCCCGUCUUAUUGAAGCAAGACAAGAACGAGGCCGUCAUGGCUGUAAACGGACGACUCGAGUUUAUUGAGAAGGAAAUCAAGAGAAUUGAGGGACAGAUCAAGGACGCUCAAGAAAAGGCCGAGAAGAAGCGCGCGGAGAUUGUUCAAUUCCAAACCCAGCUUCAGCAGCAAGCUGCCGCUUCCGCUUGAGAACUAUCAGAUGCUGGUUCAAUCCGGUUCCCUCGGAGACUGGCUCUAAUAUCAAGGAUGCCAGACCAUACCGCUCUCGGGAAUGCCUUGUCGCGGGGUACCACCUCGUCUGUGGGAUACAAGCCAUAUUUCGCGCUCCUUUGACCAUCACGAGAGUCAUGGUCGAGACUAAGCGAAUCCGGUCAACUACCGGGUCUGGUCAGUGGAGGGCUGUGUUGCCGAUUUCUCUACGUAUUCGUCACUAUCUGAUAUGUGUGAAGCCUGACUGGAGGGUUCUGACGGCGAAACUUUCUAUAUACCCCCUUUGUGUUGUGCUGCAGUCUACAAGUUGCAUCUGAUGUUGGCCAAUGCUGGACGACUAUGCAUUAAAUUUGUCCAUAGAGUCAUGACGAAAGGACCUGCAGAGUAAUAGCUCGGCUCGUAAC